AUGGAGACGAUUAUUAUGGGAGGAGGAAUCGGAGCGACGGUAGUGAGCAACAAGCAAGUCGUGUUACGUGAUUACGUCACCGGAGUCCCCAACGAAUCCGACCUCGUAAUCACUUCGACCACCGUCGAUCUCAGGGUUCCGGCGAGAUCUAUGACGGUGUUGGUGAAAAAUCUCUACUUGUCUUGCGAUCCCUACAUGCGUAACCGUAUGAGAAAACCUAACCCCUGGAGCUCUGCUACUGCUCAGUCCUUCAUUCCCGGCAAGUGUAUCUCUGGGUUCGGAGUGUCUAAAGUGAUAGAUUCUGGGAACCCAGAUUACAGAGAAGGUGACUUGCUUUGGGGAGCAGUUGGAUGGGAAGAGUACAGUGUUAUCACCCCAAUCCCUAACCUUCACUUCAAGAUCCUUCAUACUGACGUUCCUUUAUCCUACUACACCGGAAUUCUUGGUAUGCCUGGUAUGACCGCAUAUGCUGGGUUUUAUGAAGUUUGUUCUCCAAAGAAAGGAGAGACUGUGUUUGUGUCAGCUGCAUCUGGCGCGGUUGGUCAGCUUGUGGGACAAUUUGCUAAGAUGAUGGGUUGUUAUGUCGUUGGAAGCGCCGGAAGCAAAGAAAAGGUUGAUCUACUCAAAAACAAGUUGGGAUUCGAUGAUGCAUUCAACUACAAGGAAGAAAAAGAUCUUACUGUUGCCUUAAAGAGGUGUUUCCCUCAAGGCAUUGACAUAUACUUUGAGAACGUGGGAGGCAAAAUGCUGGACGCAGUGAUUUUAAACAUGAGACCGCACGGGCGUAUCGCAGCAUGUGGAAUGAUCUCUCAGUACAAUCUUGAGAAUCCGGAAGGCGUAUACAACCUCUCGCUCAUUACAUACAAACGAAUCCGAAUUGAAGGAUUUACCGUCUUCGAUUACUUUGAAAAAUACUCAGAGUUCUUGGAGUUUGUGGUUCCGUACAUGAGAGAAGGUAAGAUAACGUAUGUGGAGGAUGUUGCUGAUGGACUUGAGAGCGCUCCUGCUGCUCUCGUUGGACUUUUUCACGGCAAGAACGUCGGGAAACAACUUGUCGCGGUUUCUCGUGAUCUCUGA